AUGAAGAUUUCCACCUGUGUGUCAGUUCUCCUGUACGGGACUUGUGUAUCUGCCUUUGUCACGAUACCUGAUACUCUUGCCGAUGGCGUCUACCAUGUCGAAAAGCAGACCAAUCCCCAACAAGACCCAAAAAUCAAGCGAAUGGACAUUGCUCCCGCCGUCGUCAGGCGCGGCCGCUGCUCCCCGGGAGUAUGCGACGACAAGUAUCCCAGCCACACGUUCCUCACCGAAAAGCUGCCCUUUCCCGGGUUUCGACCCUACUGCCGCAACGAAACCCACACGCUGACCACCGACAACCUGCUCGCGGCCGUCAACCGCCUCUUUUACACGCCGCUGUUCUGGAUCCCGCCCGACUCGGCGCGCUUCGCCCUGUACAACGGCACCGUCGCCUACAUUUGCAACCUGGGCGACUGGGGCUCCGGCUCGCUCGUCGAGUUUAUGGAGGCCAUGCGGAUCCUCGACGAGCGCUGCGUCGCCCCGGGUGGCUCGGAUGGCUCGGCGGUGGUGGUGCGGGCGGCGAAGCUGUCGGUCCGCAAGUACGAAAAGUUUUACGGGCGCGAGGUGGCUGGUGUGCCCAUUUGCCAGUGGGAGACGGAAAAGGGCGGCAUGAAGAAUGAUUUGCUUGAAAAACAGGAGGACUGUCUGAGCUAUAUGAAUGGCAUGCGUCGGUUUCUGGGAAACGAGGAGACGUGGUGCAACGACGAUGCGACGGGCCAUUGGCUCUGGGAGAGGCUGAGGGUCAUGUUUCCGUGGUAUAAUAGCCGUGAUGCGGCGACCACAGAUUGA